GGAGGCAGGUGGAGAAUUGGGCCAGUGAGCUCACGACAAAAGCGCCCAGUAGGGCGGGAGUGGGUGUCCUGGCCUAUAAAGCCCCUGUGGCCUUGUGGCCUACAGAGGCAGGUUACAGACAGCACCAUGGCAGGCUCCGAGGCAGUGCAGAGGGCCACAGAGCUUAUCGAGCAGCGGCUGGCACAGGAGGAGGAGAAUGAGAAACUCCGAGGGAUCCACCAGAAGCUGCCCAUGGACAAGCUGGUGUUAGAGGAUGAGAAGCACCAUGGGGUUCCGAGUACAACCUUACAAAAGGUUAAGGGCCAAGAGCGUGUACGCAAGACAUCCCUCGACCUCAGGAGGGAGAUCAUUGAUGUGGGCGGGAUCCAGAACCUCAUUGAGCUGAGGAAGAAACGCAAGCAGAAGAAGCGGGAAGCCCAGGCUGCCCUGCAGGAGGCACCUCUGGAGCCCGAGGAGAUCACUGGCCCUGUAGAUGGGGAGACAUUUCUGAAAGCAGCGGUGGAGGGGAACAUGAAGAUCAUUGAGAAGUUCCUGGCAGACAGUGGUUCCCCGGACACAUGCGAUCAGUUCCGCCGGACAGCACUGCAUCGAGCUUCCCUAGAGGGCCACAUGGAGAUCCUGGAGAAGCUUCUGGAGAAGGGGGCUACUGUGGACUUCCAGGAUCGGCUGGACUGCACAGCCAUGCAUUGGGCUUGCCGUGGGGGCCACUUGGAGGCGGUGAAGCUCCUGCAAAGUCGAGGAGCAGACACCAACAUGAGGGAUAAGCUGCUGAGCACCCCCCUGCACGUGGCGGUCCGAACAGGGCACGUGGAGAUUGUGGAGCACUUUCUAUCCCUGGGCCUGGAAAUCAAUGCAAAAGACAGAGAAGGAGACAGUGCCCUGCAUGAUGCCGUCAGGCUCAACCGCUACAAAAUCAUCAAACUGCUGCUCCUGCAUGGAGCCGACAUGAUGACCAAGAAUCUGGCAGGAAAGACCCCCACGGACCUGGUGCAGCUGUGGCAAGCUGAUACUCGGCAUGCUCUGGAGCACCCCGAGCCAGGGGCAGAGCAAAAUGGGCUGGAGGGGCCUACUGAGAGUGGGCAGGAGACUCCCCAGCUCAUACCAGCCCAGUAAACACCUGCCCCAGGCCAGCAGGCACCCGUCCUGUCCCUGAGUGCAGCCAGAGGGUCAUAAGAAUGGACGCUGAGCUGAAGACCCACCAUUCCUCUGUGUAUGACCUGGGAGCACCCACCAGCUACCAAAGUA